AUGCCAGCAAAUGAUGGGACACAGCGAAAGCUAUCGUCAUCACCUCUACAACAGCAAACGCAAAUGUCAUUACAGCAACGGUUCGAUAAUUCAACUGAUGCUGGUGGUACUGUUUCCACAACAUCAGUAACACCUAGCGGAUUGAAUGCUGAAUUUUUUCACUGCCUGACGCAGAAUUUGUUAGGGACAACAGCAGCAGGUACCAGCGGACAACCGCAAGCAACCGAUGCCGCUGCAGCCGGAGCUUCGGUUGCUGCUGCGUUUGGAUUGUCUGUACCGGACGUAUCGAUGAUGUACGGUAACGUCAAUUUGUACAAUCUUUUCAGUCUUAAUUUGCUAACCGAACCGCAACAAAGCCAGCAACAGUCAUCACCUCUCCUCACCGAAUACCUCAGGCAACGAACUGUGGAAGUAAACACUCGACAGCAUCAGCAACGACAACAGCAACAACAGCGACAACAGCGCCCUUCGAAAGAAAAGAAGCGUAGCUAUCCCUGCAGUUUUCAGUGGUGUGAGUUGUGUUUGCGAGAAGUACAUAGCUCGAAAUUACCUUGUCAUAUAAGACAACAUCAUGUGGCGCAACCGAUGUUUAUAUGUCCACAGUGCAAAUUUAGUUCAAGCUACUCGAAGAAUAACGUCAAAAGUCAUAUGUCAACAGUGCAUGGGUUAACGGAAGAACCAAUUAGUCAUAUGGAAGAGUAUGCAGAUGAAGUGGAACAGCUGAUGAAACGAUGUUUCCCGACUGUUCGUGGUCGUGGUCGUCCGGUACAUAAUAAUGUCCGACCUUCAACUGCUUCAUCAUCUUCAACAGUUAAUACAGAAUCUAACAGCAGCUCAAGGUGGAAUAGUGCUAGUUCUGUGGCAUCAACCAGUAAAAUCUCGCAAGCUCGGUACACUCACAGUUGCCGCCGCAAGACUAUCAAACAUUCGGCACAGGAAAUGAUUCAUGAACUUUGUUCGCCGACCAACAACAAACGGGUCAAAAAUGAAAACGACUAUCAGAACGAAUCGGAAAUAACCAUCAGUCAAACGCCGAUCAGCGCUUCGGGUCAGAGUUCACCAAGCGAGGAAGAUUCUUCUAGCACUAGCAAUAUUCCGCAUAAUAGCAUCAAAGGCAGUUACAGCAAGAAUAUCAGUUACAGUAACGGAACUAACAGCUACUAUGACCAUAUCGGUCAUGAUCACGAUGGAACCAAUGGCUACAAUGACAAGUAUAGGUCCACAAUCUGUCAAAAUGGAGCUGACCACAGUGAAAUGAUUGCAAAUGAUAGUUCGCCAAGUUCGUCAGAGCAUGUAAAUCAUGAUGCAGAAUUAGAGACAGAAUCAAAUGACUCAAGUGUUCAAGAUUUUGAUGAAGAAGAGCAACCACUGGAACAUAUCGAUCAUAUUCGUCCUCGUUAUCUUCCACAAAAUGUCAACUGGUGGAUACUGGCCAAUGAUCAACUCAAAGGGACUAUUUUUGAAAGUUUUCGAUUAAAUGAAGUACUCCAUAGAUUCCCACGACAACCAUACAAAAUGGGUGGUAAAUUUCUUGUGACAGAAGAACAACUUAAACAAAUUCAGGAAGUCAGGCAACAGCUAUCUGUUGAUUUGACUAAACUUCGUUACGCACUGUACAACUUGGAUCUGAACGCCUUACCGAUAGAACAAGUUGAUUUGAUUGCAAAUAUUGCACCAACUUCUAUGGACGUAUUCUAUUUGUUGGAUUGUGAAAGCAUUGAUCCUGCCGCAGUAACUGGAGAGAAUGAACAGUUCCUAUUAAAGCUUGCGAAAAUCGAUCGGAUAGAGGAAAAGCUGCAUGCGAUGUCAUUUAUGGGGCAUAUUAACAGUCGUGUCACAGAGAUCCUGAAAAGUUUCGAAGACCUCACGAAUAUUGUGAAAAUUCUGAAGAAAAAUCGUGGAUUUCGUGCUUUGCUGCGUGUUGUUCUUGUCUUCAUGAAUUUUAUCAUUGGAGAUUUUACAGCUAGAACAAUUCGAGGUUUCAGGGCAUCGGAUCUCACAAAAAUAUGUGCUACGGAAGUGUGUAACUCGCCAAAAACAACAUUGCUGAAUAUUGUAGCAUCAUCUACUAUUUCGGAAUUCCCCGAAGUUUGUGUUUUUCGUGAUACUCUUCCAGCGUUGGAGAGAGCUUCACGAGUGAACUUCCAAGAGCUUUCUGCAACAGUACGACGCCUCGAGCGGGACUAUUUGCGAUUUGAUCUUGAAGCGAGUCGUUUGGAUGGUAAUGGAAAGAUGGCUGGAUACAGAGAAUUGAUUAGAAAUAAAGUAAUGGAAGUGAAGGGUAGCUAUCGUGAGUGCAAGAACGGUCUCUGCAAAACGAUGCGUUUCUUUGGCGAAUUAGUAGACGAAGAUAUUGGUCCCGAAAUUCCGGAAACGUUUUUUGCCAGUAUUGCUACUUUCUACCGGCAGCUUCAACGAGCUUGGAUCGAUGUGCAUCUGCACGGUAUCCCAGUGACUAUUUGA